AUGAGAAUAACCAAAAAACAGCUAGCAGGAUUAGAUCAGUAUAAAUAUUCUGGAAUUGAUAAGAGUGUAGUAUCGAAACAUGUUUUAGGUCCUUUUUGGACAUGGCUGGUUACUCUUUUCCCAUUAUCUCUUGCUCCUAACACUAUAACCUUCCUCGGUCUUUGCUUCGUCUUUGCCAAUGUAUUCACUUUGCUUUGGUUCGACCCUACUUAUGAAGGAAAAGUGUUACCUAGCUGGGUUUACUUAUCAUGGGCAAUUGGAUUGUUCGCUUAUCAAAGUAUGGACGCAAUAGAUGGUAAACAAGCUAGAAGAACCGGAAUGGCAAGUGCUUUAGGUGAAAUGUUUGAUCAUGGCUGCGAUGCUAUAAAUACUACUCUUGAAGUAGUGCUAUGUGCCCAUGCUUUAGGAUUAAAUAGAUCAUGGUGGACUGUAGCUUCGCAAGCUGCUACUUUGUGUAACUUCUACGCAUCUACAUGGGAAGAAUACCACACUGGAACCUUGUUCUUAUCUGCUUUCUCUGGACCAGUCGAAGGAAUCCUUUUGAUCUGUGUGAUCUACUUGAUCACUGCAUUCCAUCCCUCCGGACCUGGAUUUUGGUCAACUCCCAUAUUGACUCCUUUAUUCAAAGCUUUCCCCAGUUCUUUGGAUCUGAUAGUCAGACUCGAUAAAGUAUUGGGUUUGACUGAUUAUUGGAGAUUGGAGAGAAUUCCAGUUAAUGUCGCUUUCAUGAUGUUCGGCGCUCUUGGUACUGUCGGCAACAUAGUCACAUCCUACUCAAACGUCAUCGUCGCUCGAAGGAAAGCUGGUAAACCAAUCUUAUCACCUUUACUUGGUUAUUUACCCUUCUUCACCCAUGUCCUCAUUUUGGUCGUUUGGCUUCAUGCCGAAUUAAGAGGUGGCGUAAGCUUGGUACAUGAUGGUAGAUUAUUGCCUUUUAUCGGAUAUUGGGGAAUGGCAUUCUCAUAUCAAGUCUCUCAACUUAUCCUUGCUCAUGUCACUAAAUCACCUUUCCCAUUCUGGAAUGGAAUGAUGGUUUAUUCAUUAUUCGGUGCAGUGGAUGCGAAUACCCUUUGGUGGUUUGGAAGAGAACCUCUCGUACAAAACUCUCCUGUAGCCGCGAACGUCUUCAUUGGAAUGUCAUUCUUCGUGGCUCUAUUCAACUAUAUCAGAUUCGCCAGAGAGGUUAUUUGGCAAAUCACUGAACACACCGGAAUCGCCUGUUUCACAGUUCGACAUAAGGACUCUACUGGUAAAUGGGUCGAGAACGAUCUUGGUCCCAAGAAAGAUCAGUAG